AGAAAGCGAAGGAGCAAAAGGCUGGUGAGAGCUGAGGUUCAGUGCAGGUCGGAGAGGCUCGGGGAAGCGGAUCACGGGGAGGAAGAGGUACAUAGAGAAUCCUGACCAGCACGAGACGUCUGGACACAAGGAAUGAACGCCAUCAGUCAGGUAUCACUUUAAGGCCAAUCUUCUCUAUACCGGAGCCGGGAAUCGAAUGCACACUACUACGCUGGGCUUGUUGCUCACUGUCCCUGAAUCAACAUUUGAUGUGGUUUCAGCUUGGCGGGCUUCAAGCCACCGGCAUUUCAAAGGUAGCGGCACAGCCUUUGUCUGACGACUGAGACACCAGAGCCUUUGUUCUCAUUCAGGUUGUUAAAAAGGAUGAUAUUUUCUGGAAGGCGGUGGCCCUGAGAGAGACCUCAGCUGGCGAACACUUACUUGGAAGAUUGCGAGAUGCCCAUACAUCAUAUCUCUGUUACCCCAGCUCAGGACUCGCACUGUGCCAAGGCUAAAGAGAAGCAGAAUGAAAAACCUCUGGGCCAUUCGUCAAGCCGAUCCAGCAACAUAUCAAAGCUGGGCAGCCCGACAUCGGUGACAGCGCCUCGCACCUUCUCACGGAUAUCGGUCAGCCCUUCAAACCAGGACAUCUGCAGGAUCUGCCACUGCGAGGGUGAUGAAGAGGGUCCGCUCAUCACUCCGUGUCACUGCACGGGGAGCCUGCGCUUCGUCCACCAAGCCUGCCUCCAACAGUGGAUCAAGAGCUCAGACACCCGGUGCUGCGAGCUCUGCAAGUAUGAGUUCAUCAUGGAGACCAAACUAAAACCCCUGCGGAAAUGGGAGAAGUUACAAAUGACGGCGAGCGAGAGGAGGAAGAUCAUGUGCUCAGUGACGUUCCACAUUAUCGCCAUCACCUGUGUGGUGUGGUCCCUGUACGUUCUGAUCGACAGGACAGCCGAGGAGGUGAAACAAGGCCAAACCAGCGGUAUCCUGGAAUGGCCUUUCUGGACCAAGCUGAUAGUGGUGGCUAUUGGCUUCACAGGUGGAGUUGUCUUCAUGUAUGUGCAGUGUAAGGUUUAUGUGCAGCUGUGGAAGAGACUGAAGGCUUAUAACAGAGUCAUUUACGUCCAGAACUGCCCAGAAACCAGCAAAAAGAAUAUAUUGGAAAAACCUGCACUGAUCGAACAGACCUUUGAGAACAAGGAGGUUAUAGCGGUCAACCACUCGGAGACUAACUCUCUGUACUGCACGGAGCCUGAGGAUUGUGACUUGGAAAUUCUGAGCGUCUAAAAAGUUUACAGAGUCUCUGCAGGGACUCCACACUUGCCGACUUUGUGCCGGAGGCUGGAUCGCAGCCCGCUAUCAAGGGGGGAGCAGGCCCAGAGUGCUGAAUGUUUUGGAGAUUUUAAGGCACGGUGGGCUUCGGGACCCGACGCAGACACUAACUUACCCCCCACUUCCCCGCCCGCGCUCAUCACGCUUCACGUGGCUCCAGCUCCAGAACUAAAAGUAAUGCAAAACCCAGUGAGCUGUCCCAAUCCCCCUCCCCACACACUCACAUCCACACAUAAGCUGCUGGAUGGAUUCUGAGAG